CACCUCCAUCUACCGACAUGUCCAACCUUCAGUUCCGCGGCUACUCGAUCAAGGACACCGCCAAGUGGACCGAGUUCGAGGUUCGCGACUUUGAGCCCAUGGGCGAGCGCGACGACACGAUCGACAUCGAGGUCAAGUUCUGCGGCAUCUGCUCGUCGGACGUCCACACCAUCACUGGCGGGUGGGGCGACAUCAACACGCCUCUCGUUAGCGGCCACGAGGUCGGCGGUAUCGUGCGCAAGGUCGGCAAGGGCGUCAAGGACUUCAAGGAGGGCGACCGUGUCUGCGUCGGCGCCCAGAUCGACGCGUGCGGCAAGUGCCGCCAGUGCGGCGACAACCAGGAGAACUACUGCCCCGAGCAGGUCGACACGUACAACGCCCCGGCGUGGGACGGCAAGAUCACCCAGGGCGGCUACUCGACGGCCAUUCGCGCUCCCGAGAAGUUUGUGUUCCGCGUUCCUGAGGGCGUCGAGCUCGAGGACGCUGCCCCGAUGGCGUGCGGCGGCCUCACGGUCUUCUCGCCGAUGCACCGCUUCGGCGUCAAGCAGGGCAUGAAGGUCGGCGUCGCUGGUCUCGGCGGCCUGGGCCACUUUGCCGUCAUGUUUGCCGUCGCGAUGGGCGCCGAGGUCACCGUCUUCACGCACCAGCAGGACAAGGUCGAGGACGCCAAGAAGAUGGGCGCGAGCGACGUCGUCCUCACGACCGAGAAGGACUGGCAGAAGAAGUACGCGUUCGCGUUCGACUACAUCCUGUGCACGAUCGACGUCUCGAAGGCGCUCCCGCUUGAGACCCUCACGUCGAUGCUGUACGUCAACGGCCAGCUGCACCUGUGCUGCAUGCCCGACGACCCGAUCGAGGCCUUCAAGACGCAGUCGCUCGCGGCCAACGGCGCGUCCAUCUCGGUCAACCACAUCGGCAACAAGAUCGAGGCCGAGGCCAUGCUCCGCCUCGCCGCCGAGAAGGGCGUCAAGGCCUGGAAGGAGAUGAUCCCGAUGAGCCAGGUCAGCAAGGGCGUCCAGGGCGUCAAGAACAACGACGUUCGCUACCGCUACGUCCUCACCCAGGACCUCGCCUGAGCGCUGUCGAGCGCUCUCUGUAGAUAGCAACGAGCCGCAACGCGAUCAUGUUUCGCGAACUGUCUAUUC